AUGUUCAAAAGCCUGGUUGUGAAGAGCAUACAGCUCGGCAGAUUCAUGCCUGUGGGCUCUGUUCCCAGAAUGCUUUCGUCUCUGCUGCGUAACAUGAGCGUUUUCGAUGAGCUCAAGAACCUGGAAUCGGCAACGAAGAAGAACGCAAGCACGAUUUUCGAUAUCGAUGAGUUGAUCGCCAACUCUCCUGGUUUGCAAACCAACCACGAGCUUGGGCUGAACUAUGAUAGCUAUGCUUUUGGAAACACAGAAAAGCACCCUAGGGACGUUGCAAAAGAACUCAGUUUAACUGGUACUCAAGCAGGUAGAACUGUUGAGGUAAAGCAGGGAAACGUCUCCCAAUCCUUGAAGGUUCUUUUCAGAUUGCUUCGUGACGAGCUGAUUAUUAGCAUGAAAUUCCGUCAAAAGAGACAUCUCAGACCAGCUCUUCUCCAUGACAGGAAACAUAGACUAUGGUGGAGAAAGAACUUUGCAGCUAGAUUCUCAGAGUUGUUGGGCCAGGUCCGUGAUGCCAAAAGAAGAGGCUACUAA